AUGUCACAGUAUUCUCAUAAAGAGUUCAACAGUAAAAGGUACGAUAGUGCUCGUCCCACUUAUCCUGAUGAACUUUAUCAAGAGUUGCUCAAGUAUCACCAAGGACCCACAAAGUUAGCAAUUGAUGUUGGUACUGGGUCUGGGUUUGUAAGUUACAAACUAAGCUCUUUCUUUGACAAGGUUAUAGGAACCGAUAUCUCUGAGACGAUGAUCAAGUCUUGUUUAAUUAAUGAUAAGUAUUCCGGAGCAAUUGAAAAUGGUAAGCUUCAGUUUGAUAUCGGAACUGGUGAGAAGCAACCACCCCAGAUUGAAGAUCAGAGUGUUGAUUUGAUAACUGCAGCUGAGUGUUGUCAUUGGUUCAACCAUGACGCCUUCUUUGAAGAGUCAUCUAGAGUUCUUCGUACUGGAGGAACAUUAGGGAUUUGGUUUUAUAGGGAUCCUGUUUUCAUUGGCCACCCUGAGGCAGAUGAGAUCUAUUGGAAUUACUCUUACAAUUCACUUAUUGAAAUUGAUGAAGAUGGUAAGGAAAUUGAGCGUUGGAUGGGGCCAUUCUACGAGCAACCGGGCCAUGAAUUCUUACGCACUUUCCUCGGUGAUGUUUCUGUACCAAAGGAUAAGUUUAAGGAUGACCUUACUGUUGAGUAUAAUCCAUUGGUAGAUUCUGAAUCAAAGAGUCCAUUGUUCAUUAAGAAAAGAAUUACCGUGAAGAUCUUUGAGCAAUAUGUCAAGAGUUGGAGUGCAUAUUUGACUUGGAUGAAAACCUAUGGUCAUAAAUAUGAUGUUGCUGAAAGAAUGACUCAAGAACUUAAAGAUAAAUUAGGUUGGGACGAUGAUACGGAGUUUGAGAUUGUUUUCCGCACUUGGUAUAAGUUUUUAAGAAGAACUUAA